CAUUCACUGGUUUCAGUCAAUCCUGCCAGAUUUCUUACAAUGCUGGGGAAAAUACAAAGCCCCAAGAAAACCAUCCACCUUGCUCUCCCGAGCUGAUGCCAGGCACCCUGGGUGAGCCAGCACCUGAUGGGGAACCCCUUGGCAGUCCCUCCUCCCCGACCCACCCAGGCACCAAGCUCUCGGGAGAACGCUGGGCAGCCAAAUCCUCCCACAGAGCCACUCCAGAAUCCUUUUUUUUUUUUCUUCCCUCCUUUUUUUUUUUUUUUUUUUUUUUUUAGGAUUUCCUCCCCGCGGAUGAGCGGCUCUUUCCACGCGCACUGCCAAGGUCCAUCCUUCCGUCCCUGGCCGCGCACCCGGCACUGGGCGUGUAACCGGGGCCCUAUGUAACCCCCCGCCGGCUCUGCCCCGCCGCAGCCGCCGCCCUCGGGGAGCCCCGACGGCCUCUCCCCGCUCCUCGGGCUCCUUCUCCUGCCUGCCCGGGACCUGCCGCCGACCUCCCCCGGGAUGCCUCCUCCCCUGGCGGCCGGCCAGCCGCCCGCACCCUCCUCUGCGCGCUGAGGCCGCGGAGCCCUGCGCCGCCCGCGGAGAGCCCGACGGCAGCUCCGGGAGCAGAAAGCGAAAGUACCUGCAGCCGGCGGAAGCCCCAUGGGAAAAGCAAAGCCCGGCCGAGCCGCAGCCGGGUCUGACAGCGCCGCGCCCCCCGACGGCAGCCGCCCGGGGUGCUGAGCUCCCCGCUUCUCCCGCUCCCCCCCCAACUCGCGGCUCCGCUCGCCCCCUGGCUCGCCCCCUGGCACCAUGGGCAAGACGGCGCCGCCACCAUGACCGCCGAGCCGCCGCCGCUGCUCCCUGCCACCCCCCCGGCGGACCAUGUCCCAUGCCUUUUUUAGAUCUAUCUUUCGGGUUCUGCCACUACUCCUUGUUCUGUCACCAGUGAAUUCAUCUAGUUGUACAAUGGGAAAUAAAACAGCGGAGAUCCGUGUGAAGUAUGAGAAUAUACUAAGCCACGACAUCGAUGAGCUGGUAAAUAUGUCUGCAGAGUAUCGUGACAGGUGCUGCAAGAAUAAAAAACAUGAACAUAGCAAGGUGUUCUUCUGCAAUGAUACUCAGGAAAUAGAAUCACUACAGAGUAUGGCAUGCAACAUGCUCAAAUUCUUUAAUAAGCAAAAAAUCAUCAAAGAAUUUAGAUGGAAAGCAGCAUUAGUCUCAUGUGGGACAUUACAAGUUCUACAGUGCAAAUGUGAAAGACAUAAAAAAGAAAAGGUUUGCAUGCAGAUAAAUACACAUAAUAAUGAAGAUAGAGAAACAGGUGAACAGUCAAAAAAGAAAUGUAACCACGAAUUUUGUGAACUGAAAGAGAAUAUAUCUAGCCUUCGAUCCUGCUGGAAUAAAUUUGAAAAAAUAAUUUCCAGGUGAUUCCAGAUGAAUCCUGCUCUUUUCUAUCAAAGUGGCAUUACUUUGUAUCUUUGCAUUUCAUAUGCAUCCUUUGAGUAACUCUGUUCACUUACAUGAAUACCGGAAUUCAGAUGGAAAGCUACUGUACUUUGAUCCUGGAGAAGGAAUAAACAGAAACAGCUAAACCAAGCUGCUGAACUCCAAGAAGGGGAAAUAGAGAACAGUGUUUGAAACAAAAAACUCCAGAGAAGGUUGUGUCCCACCUUCACACUCUGGAAAGUACUUCGAAUUUUCUGAUCUUCUGAGUGACUUUAUAAUACCUUCCUAUGAAAGCAAUCCAGUUAGACGUCUACUGCAAUUUAUAAAAAAAUCUUAGAAGCUGCAGGCCAAAAAACAAACAAACAAACCCCAAAACAAAAACAGUAUGGAAAAGCAGCUGAUUUUUUUUUCUAUCUAUAGAAAACACAUCAAGGACCAAAAUGAACAAUUUACCAAACAAGCAGCAGCUCUUGAGUUUGUUCUGCUGAUGCAAUAAUGUUUUCAGUGUGAGCAUCUAAUGGGCUUGCAAAUUGAUUUAGGUCUGAAAAAUGGGGAAAAGGUAUGCUAUUUUAAAAGCCUUGGAAGGGUAGUGAUUUUUGAGAGAUGUAGCACACUUCUGCUGGCUGAAGCAGAGGCAAGACAGUAAGGCAUAUGGAAGGCGAGAAUUGGGGUGCCUGAAUGUAAGUUUGCUCUGCUGACUGGAAACAGCAAUAGCGUUAUGCAUUUGGUUAUUGGAGUUAGCUGACAGAGGACCUAGAAUUUCUUACCUUCAGAUUGUGAUUUCUUAUAUGCAAUCGUUUUAUAUAACAUGUUUAACGUGUUAGAAAAACGUGACUCAAAAUGUGUGAAUACUUUCAGAGAAUAAUAUAUUGGCAUUUAACUAAUAAAGUGUUCAUAUUUAAUUUUGGAUAAAUAGAGGUAUUUUUAUAGAUGUUUAUAACUCUUUUGCAGUUUCUUACUUUGAUAUAACUCCUUUGAUAAUAAAAUAUUUGUCUUCUAUGGAA